AAAUGUCCAAUCCUGUUCUUCUUCCUCAGGCCGGGUUUAGCCUGCAACAGAGCAUAAUAUCUCCGCCUCUUUCUUCUUCAGGUGGCUUCGCCUCCUACAGCAGCACUUCUGUGAGACAAUUUGUUUGUUGUUUUUCCAUUUCAAAUCGAUCCCGGAGAUGAUUGGAAGAUAUAGAUGAGUUUGUGCUGUUUCAGGAUUUCUGGUUGCUGAAACACCUCAUGCAUUGUGCCAUGGAGGCGGCAGCUGAUUAUUUCUUCUUCGGCAUGACAUUCCCGAAUGUAGCUUUACUCAUAGUUGGUGCUUCCACGCUUGUUAUUGUCCGAUUUUUAUACAUUAUAUAUCGAGGCAGAAAACCUCUAUCUAGCAAACCAAAAGGACAUCUUAGUACCCUGAUUGUUUUGGGUUCAGGUGGCCACACUGCAGAGAUGCUAAAUCUGCUCAGUGUUAUGCAGUUGGAUGGGUUUAAGCCAAGAUACUACAUUGCUGCUGCUACUGAUAAUAUGAGCCUUCAGAAGGCUCGGGCACUGGAGAAUUCCAUAAGGAAUGAGACAGAGAUCGAAUCAAUGGGAUCUACCCAUUUCAUGCAAAUAUACCGAAGUCGUGAGGUUGGUCAAUCGUACAUAACUUCAGUGGCUACAACUUUAAUAGCUUUAACUCAUGCAUUGUGGCUCAUGAUCAAGAUUCGACCUCAAGUGAUAUUGUGCAAUGGGCCAGGGACCUGUAUACCUCUCUGUGUAAUUGCAUUCUUGUUCAAGGUUUUCGGGAUCAGGUGGUCUUCCAUUUUUUACGUCGAGAGUAUUGCUAGAGUUAAAAGACUAUCGUUAAGUGGGUUGAUUCUCUACAAACUAAGGAUAGCUGAUCAAUUAUUCGUACAAUGGCCACAGUUGAAGAGCAAAUAUCCUCGGGCUAACUAUGUUGGUCGUCUAAUGUGAAGAAUUCAUUGAGGCAAUGAUCUAACAAACUUUACCAGUAGUCUGGACUCUUAUAUUCAUCGUAGCUACCGAAGGGUGCGGAAUGCUGUUACCAACAAACAACACUCGAGGGCUGGAAGAUCAAAUCAUCACAGUAAGGAUAUGAGUCUGUAUAGAUCAAUGGCUCUUUAACAAUGGCUUAUUAGCUUUUUCUCAAUUCCCCAACACACAGUAUAAAUACAAUUAUACAAAGCAGUGGUUAGUAGAACUCACUCUCGAUUAAGUACAUAUCCUAGUGCAUUUGCUAGGGUGUGAUCUUCAUCUUUAAUUGAAAACGUCGCUUUUGAUU